GGCAGGAGAACGCUGAACUGUGGGGUAGUGCCACGGACUGGAGCCAUUUUAUUAUUCUAACUGCAAAGGGGCAGGUGCAUCUGCAUUUUUAUACUUGUUAUUUAGUGAUUCAGGCGCUGAAACAUGGGGCAGUGUGGAAUUACAUCCUCCAAGACCGUGCUGGUUUUUCUUAAUCUCAUAUUCUGGGCAGCAGCUGGGAUAUUAUGCUACAUUGGAGCCUAUGUGUUCAUCACUUAUGAUGAUUAUGACCACUUUUUUGAAGACAUCUACACUCUGAUUCCUGCUGUCAUAAUAAUUGCUGUGGGCACACUUCUCUUUAUCAUUGGCCUGAUUGGCUGCUGUGCCACCAUUCGUGAGAGUUCUUGUGGUCUGGCAACUUUUGCUGCGAUUCUCCUGCUGGUGUUUGUCACAGAGUGUGUAGUGGUGGUACUUGGUUAUAUAUACCGAGCUAAGGUUGAAGAUGAAGUUAAUCACUCCAUCCAAAAGGUUUAUAAUGAAUAUAAUGGAACAAAUACAGAUGCUCCUAGUCGUGCUAUUGACUAUGUACAGAGACAGCUUCGCUGCUGUGGCAUUCAUAACUACUCUGACUGGAGAAACACACGGUGGUUUAAAGAAUCCAAGAACAACAGUGUUCCUGUCAGCUGCUGUCAGCCCAACAUCAGCAACUGCACUGGUACUCUGACUCGCCCUGGAGACCUCUACCAAGAGGGUUGUGAAGCUCUGGUUGUGAAGAAAUUAAAGGAGAUUAUGAUGUAUGUCAUCUGGGCAGCGCUAACUUUUGCAUCUAUACAGAUGCUGGGCAUGUUGUGUGCCUGUGUUGUUUUGUGCAGAAGAAGUCAUGAUCCUGCAUAUGAACUUCUGGUCACAACUAAUAGUUAUGCAUGAGAUCCAGCCAGCAAGAACAAAAAACAAACAAACAAAUGGAAACGUCACUACGCACGUCCACAGUAGAUCAGCUGUAGUUACACAAACUCAAGUACACCUUGCACAGUCCAUGACAAAGUAGGAACUCAAGCACUGGAGAAAGUUUUCAGAUUGAAUGGUUUAUUUAUGUAAAUGAAUUAAAUUUUUUUUCAUAAUACCAGAGCCAAAGUUGUAUAUGGCUGACUGCUGAUUUUCAUGAAUUUGUUUAAUAUUUGUUUAGUCUUAUCAAAUAGGGGUUUAGAACUUAAAUGUAAAAUUCUGGAUAAAGAUAUUUAUUGGAAUGUACUUCCAUGUGUGCCAGUUUGCACUAGAUUUGGGACAUGGAGAAAUGUCCAGCUCUACAACUUUAAGAAAAACUCAGUGUAAGCAUAUGUAAAUCUUACAUUGUAAAACUCAAUGAGAACAAAUAGAGUAUUGAACAUAGAAUUCUGUUUUAGAGAUUCCAGCCAAACAGUGUAUAAUUAUGGCAUAAGGGAUGACGAUACUGAAGAAUUUCAUCAUGGCAAAUUAACUAAUAUUUACCAGAUACUGUAAUUCACAUAGCCUACCUUAUGUUUCUCAGUGUUACUUGCAGUGAUUGUCAUGUCAGUGUUUCUUAAAUACCAGUAGAGAUUUAAGUUGUACAUUUUGCUGUAGAGCAUUACAAUGCAUUAUUUAAUUAAUACCUCUUAGUGAAGUGUGCUGUUUUUAAUAUAUUUGAUGUUAAGUUUUAUAUCUACUUGUUUAGCUAGUGCCAUCGUAUGACCAUGUUAUAUACAGACUGAAAGACGAAUAAAAGUCAGAUUAAAAUCAAA